AUGUCGACCACGAACAGAGAAAUCGAGCGACGGCUGAGAGUCCUAGUGGUGGGUUCAGGUGGACGAGAACAUGCACUCGCUUGGCGUCUGGCAGCAUCUCCCAGAGUCGAAGUUGUGCACGUUGCGCCCGGGAAUGGUGGUACAAGUGAGGCCCACGACAAGAUCCUUAACUUCAACAUCGGAACCUCAAAGACACAUUUUCCUGAUCUUGUCUCACAUGCUAAGAACCAUGGCCUCAAUCUGGUCGUGGUGGGUCCAGAAGCACCCCUGGUCGAUGGCAUUGAGAGCUUCUUUCAUAGUGUAGGUAUACCAGUAUUUGGCCCGUCGAAAGAGGCUGCUAUGAUGGAAGGGUCGAAGACGUUCUCGAAGGACUUCAUGCAGAAAUAUGGAAUCCCUACAGCGGCUUAUCAGAACUUUACCGACUACGAAAAGGCUAAAGAGUAUGUUCAUACCGUCAAGCACAAUGUUGUGAUCAAAGCGUCUGGUCUGGCUGCAGGAAAAGGUGUGAUCAUUCCUACUAGCAAACAAGAAGCAUACGAUGCACUGGAGACUAUUAUGGUCAAGAAAGAGUUCAAGGAGGCAGGAGACGAGGUUGUUGUUGAGGAGUUUCUUGAGGGCGAAGAACUGAGUGUACUGACCUUCUGCGAUGGCUACACAGUACGAUCUCUCCCUCCUGCCCAGGAUCACAAGCGAGCUCUUGACGGCGACCAGGGGCCGAACACUGGUGGAAUGGGUGCUUAUGCGCCAACAAACCUUGCUACGCCAGAGCUCUGUACGCAGAUCGACCGAGAUAUUAUUCAGCCCACGAUUGAUGCGAUGCGAAAAGAGCGCAUGCCGUUCAAAGGUAUACUCUUUACUGGCCUGAUGAUAACUGCGACUGGUCCAAAAGUGCUCGAGUACAAUGUUCGAGGUGGUGAUCCGGAGACGCAAACUCUUCUUCCAUUACUAAGCGACGACACUGACCUGGCGGAGGUUAUGCUUGCUUGCGCAGAAGGAUGGCUCGAUUGUGCUACCCUUAAGAUCAAACCAGGAGCAUCAGCAACUGUGGUUGCCAGCGCAGAAGGCUACCCUGGUGAGUAUGCGAAGAAUCGACAAAUAUCUCUCCACAAAGCAGCUGCAGACACAUACAUCUUCCAUGCAGGCACACUCCGAGACGGCAAAGGACUGUGGUCAGUCGGUGGCAGAGUCAUUGGGUCAACAGCGACAGGUACCGACCUUGAAGAAGCUGUUGCUAAGGCUUACCAAGGCAUGGAAACAAUUAAAUUCGAUGGUAUGCAUUUCCGGAAAGAUAUUGCUCACCGAGCCUUCGCGGCCAAAGAGAAACCGAGGCGGCCAAGUGAAACACCUCUCACAUAUGCUUCUGCUGGUGUUUCUAUUGACGCUGGCAAUACGUUAGUGCAGAGAAUCAAGAAGCAUGUCAAAAGAACCAUGCGACCUGGCGCAGAUGGCGAGAUUGGUGGGUUCGGUGGAGCAUUUGACAUGUCCAAACUGGGCAAACCAGGAUUCCCUACCAUUGUAACUUGUUGCGACGGAAUAGGAACGAAGCUCAAGGUCGCAUUUGCUACACAGAUACAUAAUACAGUUGGCAUUGAUCUCGUCGCGAUGAGUGUAAACGAUCUGAUUGUGCAGGGUGCAGAACCCCUCGCUUUUGUGGACACAUACACAUGCAGUACACUGGACGUCGACACAUGUGAGGCUUUCGUGAAAGGUGUGGCUGAUGGCUGUGAGCAGUCGGGAUGUACACUAGUGGGAGGCGAAACAGCUGAGAUGCCAGGGCUGCUUGCUAGCACAGAGUACGAUGCAGUGGGCACAGCUGUUGGCUGGAUAGAUACGGGGUCCGGUCAAAAAGUGCUGCCAGAAAUUGAUGGCAUGACAGAAGGCGAUAUCUUGCUCGGUCUUGCAUCGAAUGGUCUGCAUUCCAAUGGGUUCUCCCUGGUAAGGAAAAUCAUCGAUCGAAAGCGGUUAGCAUGGGACACGCCAGCACCAUGGGAUCCAGAUACUAUAGUCAGCAAGAGCGUACUCACACCCACCCGGAUCUAUGUCAAGCCACUGUUGAGUGUGGUUAAGAAAGAUCUGGUCAAGGGCAUGUCACACAUCACAGGCGGAGGAUUGCUGGAGAAUGUACCAAGAAUGCUACCGAAGCAUCUUACUGCUGAGAUUGACGUCAAAACAUGGGAGCGGCCAGCAAUUUUCAGGUGGCUUCAAGACGCCGGAAAGGUCGAUCUGCAUGAAAUGAGCAGAACGUUCAACAAUGGUAUUGGAAUGGUACUGGCAGUUUCGGAAAUGGCGCAUGGGGAGGUAAAGAGGAUGCUUGAGGCGGAGGGCGAAAAAGUACACAAAAUUGGCAGAUUGAUACCCAGGAAGGAGGACGAAGGUUGUGUGUUCUUGAGUUUAGAGACAUGGUCGUCGUAG